AUGAAAUUUGUUCAAGUUACUGAUGUAGAACAUAGUUCACAGGCUCUGCCAUUGCAUACAAGAUCUGAAGAUAGCGGUACGUACGCCCACAUUUCAACGAUACUUGACGCUUGUGCAAUGAUCUCCGAACUAACACAAUCCAUAUUCGUGAUGCAGCAACGGGUGCAUUACCAUAAAAUUUAUUUUAAACCGAUCGCCUGCAUCAAUCGAUUAGAGGAUUUUAUGAAUCAUACAACAUCGACUGACUGUACACCUGAACAAUACGUGAGAGUGGGCUACAAGGUGCAAAGGUGA